UCGCUAACUGUUACGAACCGAACGGUCGAGCGUGUCGGGCUGCGUCGCUGUCAAAAUUAUCGGGGUACCGGCUUCGCAACAACUAAGAAAAAAAAAUUAAAAGAAACAAAAAACGCCAAUCGCGAUACGGCAAACGACCCCGCGUUUCGAGAACUACCCGUAACCCACCCCCUGAGCGACGCGGACUUUGAGGAGAGGCCCAUUAGAUGCGGCUCGGCGACUAACAACAAAAUACGCGGGUGUUGUUGUUGAGGCCGUUUGGUUUUGUUCUUGGUUGUUUUCGUUUUGUUUCUGUUUCGGAGAAGCCGCUUUGUCUCGGCGUGUGAGUGACUUUCGGCCGUUUCGGCAUUGGGGUGUUGCUAACAGGACAGUUUGAAGGAACCGAGGACCGGCCAAGAUGUUGAACAGCUUCACUAAACACUAUCUCCACUGUCUGCUCUUCUUCACCAUAAUCAUAAUGUUCGAGGUGUACAGUGGCGGCAUUAAAUUAGGUGACAGUGGAUUUUUCGUGCCCAACAGUGACAUCGAUCCGUGGGUGACGUACGGUUUUCUCGGCACGUGCAUACUGUAUCUGUUGCGAUUAGUGACGUUCCUGCCGUUACCGCAGGUACUCUUCAAUUUCGUCGGCCUCACAUACUACAACGCCUUCCAGGACAAAGUCGUCCUUAAAGGGUCUCCUCUUCUAGCACCGUUCAUCUGCAUAAGGGUGGUAACAAGGGGCGACUACCCUCAACUGGUCAAGACGAACGUGACGCGGAACAUGAACAAAUGUGUGGACGCUGGCCUCGAAAACUUCAUGAUCGAAGUGGUCACUGACAAACCGAUCAAUUUAGAGAACCACCGACGCGUCAGGGAGAUCGUGGUGCCGCCCACGUACAAAACGAAAACGGGGGCGCUGUUCAAGGCUCGCGCCCUCCAGUACUGCUUAGAAGAUAAGAUUAAUGUGUUAAGUGACAACGACUGGAUUGUACAUUUAGACGAGGAAACUUUGCUGACUGAAAACUGCGUUAAAGGAAUCCUGAAUUUCGUGGUCGAUGGAAAACAUCAAUUCGGUCAAGGACUAAUAACAUACGCGAAUGAAAACAUCGUGAACUGGAUAACAACUUUGGCCGAUUCAUUCAGGGUGACCGACGACAUGGGUAAACUGAAAUUGCAAUUCCAAAUGUUCCACAAACCGUUGUUCAGUUGGAAGGGAAGUUACGUGGUGACACAGGUUGCAGCGGAAAAGGCGGUAUCCUUCGAUAAUGGAUUGGACGGAUCUAUAGCGGAAGAUUGCUUUUUCGCAAUGAAAGCUUAUAGUUUAGGAUAUAGCUUCAAUUUUAUUCAAGGAGAGAUGUGGGAGAAAUCCCCAUUCACCCUGUUCGACUUCAUCCAGCAGCGCAAACGCUGGAUCCAGGGCAUCCUGUUGGUCGUCCACUCGAAAUCCAUCCCCCUCAAGAACAAACUGUUGCUGGGUUGCAGCUGCUACUCCUGGCUUACCCUUCCCCUCUCCGUCUCCAACCUGUUCCUUGCCUCCAAAUUCCCAAUACCGUGUAACCCGAUCAUCGACUUCCUCUGUGCAUUCACCGCAGCCGUGAACAUCUACAUGUACGUUUUUGGCGUCAUCAAGUCGUUCACCAUGCAUCGGUACGGUUUGCCGAGGCUUAUGUUGUACCUGAUCAGUUUGAUUGUAGUGAUACCGUUCAACUUGGUGAUAGAAAACAUUGCUGUUGUAUGGGGCAUCUUCGGCGUAAAACACAAAUUUUAUAUUGUUAAUAAAAAUGUGGGGCCAGCUAUAACUGUUUAAAAAUGUGUUUUUAGGUGCGUUUAAUUGUGUUCUAACAGGACUGAACGCAGCAAUUCGUUAAGACUGCUUUGUUAUAUUUAUUGCGGAAUAUAUUUUUGAAAAUGGCUGGAUAAAUGUGCACUCUCUAGGGUUUUAGAUGCGUAACAUUUAAAUAAAUCUGAAAUACUUAAUUUGUUCCAAGUGUUUUUGGAACCUACUUAUUAAACUGUGCUAUUCUCGUAUUUAUUACAAAUUAAUUGAACGGCUGUAAUAUAUUCGACUAUAUUUAGUAACCGUGACGUCUAGACAAUUUCUACAUAUACAAUAAUAGAUAUAAUUACUAUUUGAUCCCUCAUAAUUAUAGUCUAUAACCCUAGAUGAGCCCGUGUUUUCCAGUUAAAUUUCCCGGCGAGUCCUCGAACAAAUAUCUGUAUAAAAUGUUUGUAUUUUGCUUCAGACUAUCAUGUAAAUACAAUUCUUCCCUCUUGCAAUAACUGAAAUUGUACAGUAAUGUACAUUUUCGGAAAUAACGUACUUUCCUCACGCUUUAUUAGGAGAUAAGUGAACUAAAAUCACCGAAAAUCGAUUAUUUCGUUGUUUUUUCUAAGUUUUCACUAUUGUAUAAUCAAAAUAUAAAUCAAACGUGACCAUUCCAUAGGCUGAUACCUGUACAUAUUUUUCCACCAGUACUUAUUAAGAAAAACAAAUUUAUUAGGAGCAAUGCGUCCUCAACAAAUGCAUAUACGGAAUGUUAUUCAGCGUUAGUUAUAUGUUACAUGUGUUAAUUUCGAAUUCAAUUCUUCCUAAUAUGAAAUCAAACAUAUGUGCAUUUUUGAGUGACUGUUAAAACGAGUACUUAGUGUAGAUGCAUCCAAUUUAUUUUUUAAAUUAUACCAAAUAUAGAUAUAGUUUUAUUUAUUUUUGUCCAAAGAACUUUUUUUAGUCUCGUCGCCUCUGCCAAAAUGUAGGUGAGAAUUUGGUACCUACGCUAUUUUGUUCUCGGAUAAUUACGUAGUUCUUGCAUCUAAAUUUUCAAAUCGAUUAGCCUAUUUAAUGCAUUUCUCACUUCUUAGAGUGAUGCAAAAAAUACAUUAAGAUAUCAGUUGUAAAUACGUCUAGUUUUACUGAAAUAGAUUUGUACUGCAUUAGACUUUUUGUUUAUUGUAGAAAAUAUCCAGUAGAAACUUCUCCUGGCAGAGAUUCACAAUGUACAUAUUAUUAUUGCUCAUAAUAUCAUGCUAGUCAUAUUUCAAGUAUUUGAGAUAACCCCCAAACAAGUAUUUCAAAUAAAGCAUCUCAACUACUUGGAAUCCUUAUAUAAUUAUUUAAGUUUCACAUUUGUAACAGAACGUGAUUUUCUCCGCUUUGAGAUUUAAAUGAGUAUUAAGAAAUGUCACUGACUGCAUUCAUUUAUUUUCGAUUUCGACUCGGUUCUUGUUUUAAUAUUAUUUUGAUUUGAAUGUGUACCAAAUCAAUCUGUUAGACUGAUUUUUAAAUAAAUGCACAAUUUUUUAA